AAUACAAGUUUCCGUCAGGUUUGCGCGUUCUCACAACACAAAUCUUCUGUGACCCCUAGGGUUUCUGCGUCCUCUUGCUCUUCGCCAUGUCGAGUCGGAAUCGCCAGGGUCCUCACGGCUUGAAAGGCCCUCCUCCAUCUCUCCAUUCGCCGCCUCCUCCCUUUGCUGGCGGCAUCGUCCCGGUUCCUCACCCGCACCAUCGUCACCCUGCUUUCCUCGACGAGAUGCGCGACGUCUUCCCUCCCUUUGCCGGCAGUGUUCGCGGGCCGGGGCCGCAGUCGUUCCCCUCGUCGCUGAUUGAUGAGCGUCUCAUUGCGCAGAAUCACGAGAUCCAGAGCUUGCUUGUCGACAACCAGCGCCUGGCGGCCACCCACGUCGCGCUCAAGCAGGAGCUCGCUGCUGUACAACACGAGCUCCAGCGGGCAUCUCAUGCCGCCGGGGCUCUACAAGCUGAGCGGGAUGCCGAGUUUUGGGAGGUUAAUGAAAAGUCAAUGAAGAUGGAGGCAGAACUUCUGGCUGCUGAUGCCAUUAAGGAGGAUCUCAUACAGGUUCGUGGGGACAUACAGAAGCUUAAUGCAUCCAGGCAUGAUCUUUCCUCGCAAGUUCAGAUGCUGACACAGGACCUGUCUAGAUCUUCAGCUGAAUUGCAGCAAGCGCCUGCAAUUAAGGCUGAAAUUGAAGCCAUGAAGCAGGAAGUGCAGCAUGCUAGGUCUGCUAUAGAAUAUGAGAAGAAAGGAUAUGCUGAGAAUUAUGAGCAAGGUCAGGUGAUGGAGAAAAAUUUAAUUCUGAUGGCACGGGAGGUAGAAAAGCUACGUGCAGAGGUAGCUAAUGCGGAGAAGAGGGCUCGAGCUGCAGCAGCUGCGGGAAGCCAAGGCUACGCUGGAAACUAUGGGAAUCCUGAUCCCAGUUAUGGUGGAAACCCUUACCCAUCUAGUUAUGGCAUUAAUCCUGUUCCUGGAGGUGCAGAUGCUGGAGCUCAAUAUGGAGCAGCAUCUGGGCCUGGGCAUGGCUCCUGGACUUCUUAUGAUGGGCAACGGGCUCAUGGUCGGCGAUGAAAGAGUAGAUAAUUAUCUAUAAAUAGGCCUUAAAAUCCAGGUGCUGAAUCAGAGAAGACCAUCGUUUUCUGAUCAUUGCUGAAUGUAUUUCUGGAUCUGGAAAGCAGACUAAGUAUAUCAGAAGGCUUUUGAUGGAAAUAACUCAUGAACAAAGUAUUGCUUUCACUUGGCUGAGGUACAUCUAUAUGUAGAUUUUAUUCGCUGAAUUUGAUUUCAUUAGUAAAAAGCCCCAUACAUGAUGGAAACUAAGCUAUCAUAGCUGGAACAUUUUUCUGAUACCUGACUGCAUUGUUCAGAUGAUUAGUUGAGAUGUAUUAAUGAAUCAUUUGAAUGUAGUGACUGUAUCAUGUAAAAGAAUUUUCUUCUGUAAUGAAGCAACUGAUGGAGUUAAAUGUUGACUUUCCACGAAAUGGAUUUCCUUGGUAGACUCAGUUCUAAUGAAAGCUUUUGUUUGCGCAUCA